AUGGGUACAGGUUCAAGUCGUAGUAAAGUAAAAAAAUUCGAUAAAAGUAGUCAAAUACCGCCAAUAAUAGAUAGAAACACCUCACCAAAACGAUAUUCAUUAUCAUCAUCAAGAUCAAAUGUUCCACUAUUUUCACGUGCUUCACCAAGAAUAAAUAAGCAACAGCCCACUACACAGUCAAAUGUAUUCAAAUUUGAAGAUAAUAUCGAAGAAUAUUCAACAAUAUGGGAUGAUGAUAAUAAGCUAUCAUCAACACUUCAACAAACAUUAAAGUCUAAUUUAAAUAAAAUUGAUUAUCAUCAAAAAGAAUCAUUUAAUAAUAAAGGAAUUAAAAAAACUUCUGCUAUAUUCGGUUCAGCUCAUGUUGAAUCAACAGUAGAUACUGAAACACAUUCUUGUAUUAAUGUAUCUUCAUCUGAAAAAGUCGAUGAACUUAUGAUUACAUUAAAUCAAGUUCAUACACAAUUAGAUGAUAAAAUAAAACAACGAACAGAAAAAAUUUCAAAUGAAACAGAAUUAUUACUUUCACAUGUUCGUAAUGAAACUCAACAAGAACAACAACGUUUAUUAGAAUAUGCUAAACAACAAGAAAUACAACAAGAUGAAAAUUAUCAAAAAUUAUUACAAGAAUAUAUUUCAAAAUUAGAUGAAAUAAAAGCAAAAGAAUUAACUGAUUUACAAAAACAAUUACAAAUUUCUCGUGAACAAAUUAUAGAAAAAACACAAUUUAAAAUAGUUAAAGUUAAUGAACAAGCUAAUAUUGUUAAAGCAAAAAUUGUUCAAGAAGAACAAUAUUAUGCAGCAGAAAAAAUUGAUUCUAUUAUGUCUCAAAUAUAUAAAAUUUCUACGGAUGAAAAACUUCAACAUUUAGGCAGUGAAAUAGUAACAAAAACUAAAGUAACAACGGAAGCUAAAUUUGGUACUAAAGCACCUGGUCAAGAAUGUACUUUUGAUUUCGAUCAAAAAAAAAUGAACAUAUUAUGA